AGACCCAUAUUAAAGACUCACACUUACCACUACCAAACCAACAUUCACUCGCUACUCUCUCUCACGCACACACACAAACACGAUCAUGGGCGCGAAGAAGAAGUCAGGUGGUGGAAAUGGCAACAAGGAGAACGAGGACGGCACCACAACCGUCGUUUUGAAGAUCGACUUCCACUGCGACGGUUGCGCUUCCAAAAUCACUCGCCACCUCCGUUCUCUCCAAGGUGUGGAGACGGUGCAGGCGGAGAGCGACGCCGGGAAGGUAACGGUGACCGGGAAACUUGACCCCGUGAAGGUGAGGGACAACCUGGCGGAGAAGAUGAAGAAGAAGGUGGAAAUCGUGUCUCCGCAGCCGAAGAAGGAAAAGGAGGAGAAUAAAGACGCCAAAGCCAACAACAAAACCGAGGACAAGAAAAACAAGGACAAAGAGGUGACUACCGCGGUUCUGAAGAUGGCACUGCAUUGCCAGGGUUGCUUGGACAGGAUUGGCAAGACUGUGCUGAAAACCAAAGGAGUGAAAGAGAUGGCUAUAGACAAGGAAAAGGAAACGGUGACUGUGAAAGGGACAAUGGAUGUUAAGGCUCUGGCGGAGAAUCUAAUGGAGAAGCUGAGGAGGCAGGUUUUGGUGGUCCCUCCGAAGAAAGAGAAGGAUGGUGACAAGGAAGGAGAAAAGGACAAGGAAGGAUCGGGGAAGAAGAAGAAGGGUGGUGGUGGUGGUGGUGGAGAAGGAGACAGUAACGAAGGGGUAAUAGAGAAAAUAGAUUACAGCAGAAUGGAGUAUUUGCCACAACCUGCUUUUGGCUUUGGUUAUGGUUAUGGACACGGAAAUAGUGGUGGUUAUAGCUAUGUGCCAGUGUACCCGGAGCAGAUGCACUUUCACAUGCAUGCACCACCACCACAAAUUUUCAGUGACGAGAACCCGAAUGCCUGUUCUGUCAUGUGAGCGAGGUGUCAGAGGUUGAUUUCAUUCAACUGGGUGGUGGUGAUGGAUGAUGAUAAUGACGAUGGUGGUGGAUUGUCUUGGCCAGUUGGCCAGCCAGGGUUAUAGACUAGAGGCUAUAGUGUAGACUGUUUCUAUUCUUUAUUUCAAUUUUGGCUUUUAGAAUUCCACGAGAACUUUGAGAUGUUUUGUUUGUGAUUUUGAUGUGAUUAGUUAACCAAUACGGAUGAUAUAUUUUCAAAUGGCAAUGCCACUUUCA